AUGCAAGGAGACGCAGCCCCCUCCACCGCUGCCCCGCCGGCCCCGCCCAGCAGCCCUGGCGACGGCGGCACGCCGGAGCAGCAGCAGCAGCAGCAGCAGCAGCAGCAGCAGCAGCAGCAGCAGUGGCCCGGCGAGCAGCAGCCCGUGGGGUCCGUGGCGCGCGUGCUGUGCUGCAGCGACCUGGUGAAGUCGAUCCUGGGCGGCAUCGGCGUGCACAGCAUCUGCGCCUGCGCGGCCGUCUGCCGGCUGUGGCGCCAGGUUGCUGACUCAGACAGCUUCUGGGAGGAGGUCACCUUUGACACGGCGCGGCCGGUGACACGGGAGCAGCUGCUGGCCGUGCUGGCGCGCCACCGCGGUAUCCGCCGCCUCGCCCUGCUUGACGUGCUGCGCGACGAGGGCCCCGGCGACAGGCGCCAGCUCGGCUGCGCGCUGUCGCGCAUGACGAGGCUGGCGUCCCUGCGUGUGUCUGGCGCCACGCUGCAGCCCAAGAGCGCCACCCUCCUCUUGGCCGCGCCCCGCCUCAAGGCCCUGCGCCUGGAGUUCGUCAAGCUUGCCAGCGGCGACGACCACAAGCAGAACGCGGGCCUGCACCGCGAGGCCAUCUUGUCGCACCCCCUCCUGGAGACCCUCGAAUUGGACGGCUGCGACAUCAAGAGGCUCUCCCUGCGCUGCGCGUCGCUGCGCCAGCUGUCCAUCCACGCCAGCGGCGUGGCCUUUAUGUCCCCGGCCGCCCUGCCCGCGCUGACGUCACUGGAGCUCUCCGGCUGCCACGCGCUGUCGGACGGCAGCCUGAGGGAGGCGCUGGCCUCGCUGAGCGCGCUGCGGCGCGUGUCGGUGUCUGGCGGGAUGGGCGUCAGCGACGAGACGCUGCGGGCGGCGGCGGGCGCGCUGCCGGCGCUGGAGGUGCUUGCGCUGCAGGCGUGCGGCACGGCGCUGGCGUUCAACGGGCUGCAGGGCUUCCCCGCGCUCACGCGGCUCGAGCUGCGCGCCUGCGAGGGCGUCGCGGACGGCGCGCGGCUGGCGGCGGUGCUGGAGGGCAGCCCCCGCCUGGAGGAGCUGCUGCUGGACGGGGGCGUGCAACUGCACACACUGACUGUGCAGCACCCCUGGAUCAAGGCGGGGUGCCGCGCGCUGCGCUCCCUCACCCUCCGCUGCCGCCAGCUGCGCCGCCUGUGCCUUGACCCGCCGCAGCCGGGGCUGCCCGGCUGCACCUCGCUGCACGCGCUCACCCUCCAGUCCGACGUGAUGCGGCGGCUGGAGCUGCGCGCCCUGCCCGGACUGCUCACGGUGCGGCUGGACUGCCCGCUGCUGUCCGAGUUUGCGGCGGCGGACUGCGACGCGCUGCUGGCGUCGGGGCUCGCGGCGGCGAUCCGCGGGCGCCACGCGCCGGGCGCAGCCACGGGCGGCGAGGGCGCCCCCAUGUUGGAGUGCCUGCGGCUGGAGGGCUGCGGCGGACUGCGGGACCUUGGCCUGGAGCACAGGACCGUGCGCCGCCUGCUCAUCUCCGGCUGCCCCCGCCUGGCCGGCCUGACGGCCGCCCUGCCGGCGCUCGCUGAGCUGGCGCUGGAGGACUGCCCGGAACUGCGACAACUGGCGCUGCGCGACGCAGCGCUGCGCGCGCUGGCACUCGGCGCGUGCAGCGCGCUGCACAGCCUGGCGCUGACGGCGCCCCAGCUCACCUCCCUGGACCUGCGCGGCUGCGGCAGCCUGGAGCGCCUCGCCCUGGCCUGCCGCAGCCUGCAGCACCUGGACGCCACCUUCUGCGGGGCCUGGUCGGACGACACCCUCCGCGACCUGGCCGGCGGUGGCAACGGGGGUGGCGGCGGCCACUUGCCUUUGCCCGGCGGCCCCAGCGGCGGCGUGGUGCCGAGCGGCGGCGGCGGCGGCGGCGGCGGGGGAGGGGCCGGGGCGCCGCCGCCCCUGCGGCGGCUGGUGCUGUCUGUGUGCCCGCGGAUCACCAGCGCCGGCCUGGCGGCGCUGUCGGCCCUCACCGCGCUGCGCCACCUCGACCUAUCCUAUUCGGAGGUCUCCGACGCCGCCCCCAUAUUCGAGGCCUGCCCGCGCCUCACGUCGCUCACGCUGUCGUCCUGCAAGCACCUCGAGCCCUCCUCCCUACUGCGGCUCUGCGGCGGCGGCGGUAGCGACGGGGACGGCGGCGGCGGCGGCGGCGACGGCGGCGCGUGGGGCGGGGAUGGCGGCGGGGUGCAGGAUCGGCCACGCCGAGGUGGGCGCGGCGGCGCACCGAUCACGGCAGAACCGGCAUCGGCGGCGGCGGCGGCGGCGGCGGGGCCAGUGGCGCUGCCGGAGCUGCGGGAGCUGGACCUGUCGUACUGCCCCCUGCCCGGCUGGCUGGCGGACGCGCUCCCGCUGCGCUGCGGCCGGCUGACGGCGCUGCACCUCAACGGCGUUGGCGGCGCCACCGCCGGCGUGUGGCGCGCGCUCGCGCGGGGGCCGGGGGGCGGGCGCGCACAUGCGGACGGGAACGGGCAUGCAGAGGCGGAGGCGGCGGCGGGGGCGGCAAUUAUGGAGCUCGACGGGGUUUCUGAUGCGGAGGGGGCGCCUGCGGCCGGCGGCCCGGGCGACGCGGGGCGCGACGGCAGGGACGAGGGCAGCGGCGGGGGCGGACGGCGUGGCGGCAGCAUGCUGGAGUCGCUGAGCUUGCCUCCCACUGCGCCGGGCCCGCGGCCUGGCGGCCGCCCGCGUGGCGCCCGGCGCCGUGCGCGCUGA